GAAUUGAAGUUGUUCAGCGAAUCUAUUAAAGGCACAAAACAGUAUUCUUGUUCGGAGGGAGAAAAGGAAGUCAAUCGGAAGAAAAACCGCUACAAAGAUAUUCUGCCAUUUGAUGUGAGCAGAGUGGUACUCAACGAGUAUGCUGGGGUGCCGGGCAGUGACUACAUCAAUGCCAACUACAUCAGAGGGGCCAGUGGGUCUCCAGCAUACAUCGCUAGUCAAGGCCCUCUGCCCCACACAGUCAAUGACUUCUGGAGGAUGGUGGUGCAGUGCGAGGUGCAAGUCAUUGUCAUGGCUUGCAAUGAAGAGGAGGCAGGGAAGCAUAAAUGUGAGAACUACUGGGUGGAAGGAGAGGGGGAAGAGAAGCAGUUCGGAAUGGUCUCUCUGCGUCUUAUCAAAGCCAGUACAGUCUGUCCGGACUUCUCAGUGCGCACCAUGCGGCUCAAGUACACCAACACACAGUCCAACACAGAGGAGAGGACAGUGUGUCAGUUCCACUACUCUGCGUGGCCGGAUCACGGUGUACCACCUCUUGUCAGACCUCUGUUGGACAUGGUCCGGCUGGUCAGAGAUACCCAGGCUUCUGAGACUUUACCUGUGCUCAUCCACUGUUCUGCUGGCUGUGGCAGGACUGGUACUAUCUGUGCAAUCGACUAUGUGUGGGGUCUCCUCAGAGCCGGGAAAUUAACGAAGGAUUUCAGCCUACUCUCGUUGGUGAGGGAAAUGCGAAGACAGCGCAUAGCCAUGGUUCAGACCAAGGAACAGUAUGUGCUCGUACACCAAGCGGUCAGAGAGCUGUUCCGAGAGCAACUGCGUAUGAUCGACUCACACCCGUACGAGAACAUUGAUUGCAACGGUCUGCCUCUCAUCGAGUGUCCAAGCCCUGAACCUACCUAUGACAGUAUAAUACCAUUCCAGAAUAAUAAGGCAGAAGAAAAACAAGAUGAAAAAGAGAAGGAACAAGCACCUCCUUUGCCGCAAAAGAAACGGUUCCAGACUCUGUCAUCCAAGCAGGCAAAGGAGGUAGAGAAUCUGAGCGAACGACAGAGGCUGGCAGAACGAGCUGGCUGUAGCGGUGAAAAUGUGGCAUCACCCCGCAUAGCUACCCUGCGCAGCCUGUUUGAGCGACAGCACACCACACGAGACUCUCGUCAGGUGGCGCGUAGUCACUCGCUUGGCUCUGUCCGGCCACCUGCACAGCCCAACUUCGUAUUGACUCCACGCAACAACCAGCGGUACACCAACAGCAAGAAUUUUGUGACAGUUUCUGACGACGAAUCCUGUGGUCCAGACAACCCAUCCCUAACCGUGGGAUUCCUGCGAGUGCCCCAGACCCAGCCCAAACCGGCUCUGCCUGUCAAGCGCAGCAAGUCAUUGAGAGUGCUAGGUUCCGGUGACCGCUGUAAGCUGUCCAUCCCUCGGUGCGCCACCCUGCGAGACAGAUCUCCCCGUAGACUCAGCCUUGAGUCCAACUACGACGAGAUAAAGGACCUGGUAGAGGGAGAGACUCAGCAGCCACUGGUCGACUAUUUGUCCGUGGACUCCAUUGUCGCGGGUCUGGGGAUACGUGAGAGGAGGAACAGCUUCCGCCAAGCGAUGCGCAAGGAGACUCAAGAAGUCCAUGUUGCCCAUGCCCAAAAAAACCUGUGGAGAGAAGGUACGCUGCGAAUUAUCAGCCCACCUCACAAGUCCACCCCAAGAACUCUGGUGAUCAAGGUUACCAACACGGCAGGACAGGACCAUAGAACGAGUUUAUAUGUCCAGAGUGCAGCAAACCCCUCGGACUCCGGCCACGGAAACCCUUCAACGGAGACAGGCAUGGAAAUGAAUCUGAAACUUCUGUUUACG